UUAUUUUGCUGUGAUGUGGGACACCCAGGCAUGGUUUUAAGUUCCAUGGGACUGCAAGAGGCCACAGGGUCUUUACCAGCAUGUUCACAUCUGGAAAAGUUAUCAACAACUGCCAGAAGGUAACAGCUCAGAUGCCUAAGAAAUUCUCUAUCGUGAAAACUUCUCUACCUAGCAGUCAUGCUGCAACGGGUUUGGAAGGAAGGAAUAACAGGAGAGCUGAAACAUCAAAUUGUUAUUAUCCUCUUCCGAUGGUCCCAGAGGUUGGAUAUAGCAUUGCAGUAGGUGGUGAUGUGAAGGUCUGGGAAAAUAUUAGUUGCAUCUGGAAAGGAGGUCAAGAGGGCACCCAAAAUGAGCUUAGGAGUGUUACCACGUCCACACCUUUGGAGCAAGAAGUGAGGCUUUAUACUACUGGCUGGUGCAAUGAUUAUAGACUAAACAUGCUGGGCUGGAUCCUUGAGAAUCUCAUUGCUGUCACUGUAGGACCUGCUGCACACAUCUGGAAUGGACUUGAUUUGAAAGCCAUUGAAGGCAUUGAUUUGAAUUCCAGCUCCAAACACAUUUCACAUCUGGCUUGGAAUAAAGGAAUAUGCCUUGCAGUUUGGAUCAGUGAUGGAGAAGUGCAAUUGUGGAACAUUGAAACCAGAAAGAGGUUGAGAAAUAUGUUUGGCCACCUGUCUGUAAUUGGAGCUGGAAUCAUUGUCAAGGAACUGGUGCAGCAGCUUCAAGCUGCACAGAUUUUCAUAGAGCCUUGGAGUGGGAGGGAGAAACAAGGAUUUGUCCACCACCGUGAUGUUCAGGCUGCUCAGCACCAUGUUGGGAUUCUUUGUCAAAACAAACAAAACAUUUGCAGCCUGAAAUUGUCACUAUGGGCCAACCUGUUGCUGGCAUUUUGGUCUAGAGGUGGUAUAUUGAAUAUUUGGCCUAGCAGCCCUGGGGUGAAAUUGCAGUCACAGACACUGAAAAUCAUACUUCCCUUCUUAGCAGUUAAGGCCAUGACCUGGUGUCCUUGGCAGUCAAAAGUCCUUGCUACGAGGUGGAAUGAAAGAUGGGAUUUGUGUGUCUGGCCCAUGAAUUGUGAGAAAAUCAUCCAAAGUGCAAUUACAGAUUCACAGAUUUCUUCCUUGCUCUGGUUACCCAGUAAACUGACAAUGGGACAAGGCCUUCCUGGAAAUCAAAUGAAAAUAUGGAAGUAUCCCAUGCUUGUCAAUUCAUUAGAACUCUGUCACAAAGGGAUAAUCUUGCAUAUAACCCUGAGCUCAGAUCAGAGUAGGUUCAUUUUUGUUGCAGUGGAUGGGAUGUCUUGUGUGUAA